ACUCGGGUAGAAUCUACUAAUUAGUCUGUGUCUUUCACUCGGUAUACAUCUUUCAGGGCUGACGCGUUUUCUAAAGAUAAUUAAUUAAAAUGGUUCAUACGACAUGUGCUGUGGCAGAAUGCAAAUCGUCAUGUUACACGAAUAAAGAAGUGAGAUUUCACCAAUUUCCACGCUCAGAAGAAAGGUGCAAAAUUUGGGUGAAAGCGUGUAAAAGACCUGAUUUAGCGGACAGAACUUGUGAAAGCCUAAAGAAUACAUACAUGUGCAGUUUGCAUUUUGAAAAACUUAUGUACGGUAAGAGAUUUCUAAAGAAAACAGCCGUACCGACUUUACUUUUACCAUCUUCGGACUGGAAUGUUCAAUCAGAAAAACCGGAAGUCAAACUUCUAAAUGAUUCAGAAUUAGAUGAAUAUUCAGAAUUUGAACAGAAGCAAUAUGAAUCAAGGACUUCUUCAUCACAAAUUGCAUCUUUGGACUGGAUUGUUAAAUCAGAAAAACCGGAUGUCGAACUUUUAAAUGAUUCAGAAUUAGAUGAAUCUUCAGAAUUGGCACAGAAACAAUAUGAAUCAAGGAUUUCUUCAUCACAAAUUACACCUUUGGACUGGAUUGUUAAAUCAGAAAAACCAGAAGUCGAAUCUUUAAAUUAUUCAGAAUUAGAUGAAUCUUCAGAAUUGGCGCAGAAAGAAUAUGAAUCAAGGAUUUCUUCAUCACAAAUUACAUCUAUGGACUGGAUUGUUAAAUCAGAAAAACCAGAAGUCGAACCUUUAAAUGAUUCAGAAUUAGAUGAAUCUUCAGAAAUGGCGCAGAAAGAAUAUGAAUCAAGGAUUUCUUCAUCACCAAUUGCAUCUUUGGACAGGAUUGUUAAAUCAGAAAAACCGGAAGUCGAACUUUUAAAUGUUUCAGAAUUAGAUUUAUCUUCAGAAUUGGCUCAGAAACAAUAUACAUCAGGGAUUUCUUCAUCACAAAUUGCUGGAGACAGUGAUAAUAAAAAAUACAUACGUAUCAAUCGUAGUACCCAGACAGAAACCAGAUUGACGGAUUAUAUCCCUCGGAAACCUAAAAUUAAAAUACGAUUAUCAAAAACAAGUAACAAGUUAAAAUGUCGCAAGAAUUUUGAAAAUAUAGCUAAGAAACAAUUUUUGAAAGACUGUGAUAAAUAUUUAUCUCCUAAGUUAAGUGCCAUAGUGAAGGCACAAAUGUGUAGAAAAUAUAAAAUAGGAAAAUAGAAGACAAGAAACAAGAAUACUUACUGAAAGUCAUUUAUGCCUUACCACUGUUUCGUAAAAUAACCUGUGUGCUGGGAAGAAACCCAGCAGGACUUUUUGAAACAUUCAUUUACAAAUAAUAUGUUAUACAAUUAAGUAUGAAAACAUUCAGAAACAGAAUGGUAGCGUGAUCGCUACCAUACUUUUCUAAAAUGUUUUCAUCCUUAGUUCGCAGGAAUUAGGUCAUUAUCAAUCAUGUACUCUUUAGUACAUAAUAACCCUUAUUAAUUUUUUUUAUUUAAAACCUCACUGAAUGCAAUAAAUACACAAGAGAAUUUAAAUUGUUUAGCAUUACAUAAACUUACUCGCUUAUUGUUUUUUGUCCAAGACAAUUUUUGCCGCCAAAAACUUCAGACAACAUGUACAUGCUUAUGGAAGAUAAAGUUAACCAACAAAUGUGGGAUAUUUUAACUGCUAUAAUCAAACACAUGUCAUCGUCUGAAAAAAGUGUCCUUUGUAUGAAUGUGACAAGUUUCAAAUUAUUAAGGCUUAUCGUACAACACUAAAAAGGAAAAUAUUUAAUUCACAUGAAGUAGAUGCUACAUAAGGUUGUCAACCGUCCUGUUUUCCCAGGACAUGUCCUAGUUUUUGUAGUGUCCUAGGAUGUCCUAUAUAGUUUUUAAGCAGCGUCCUGGGUUUUAAAGCGAUAGGACCAGGACCCUGGGUUUAUAAAGCGCUCUAAAAGUCAAAACACCACAGUCGAGAGAGUCUUUUCUCUCAUAAAUUCACAGUGGUCAAAAGAAAGAAAUCGAUUACUGCCAACAAGUAGCGGCAGUCAUCAAAACUAUUUAUUGAAGUAUGAAGUGUGAUCAGUUUUAAGUUUAAAGAAUUUGUUACAAACGUUUGUUUCAAAAGUUUUUGUUUUAUAUUUUAAUAAGGCGUUUUUAAGUCAUGCCAUUUUAUUCAAAUACUUUUAUUAAAAAACAUGAUUAUUAUC